UAUUGAAAUAGGUAGGUACCUACAUACCGCAUGGUGGCAUGUCGCAGCAUUUGCCCUCGAAAGCUGCCCUUUCCUCCUUUCUCAGCUUUCAGGACCAUAGAUGUAGGUAGUGCAGGGGUAGUGCGCCAUGGCUUCUAAGCGAUCCUGGGGAUGGAGAGCGCGUCAGGCGAUCUUCCUCGUGCGCAGAGCCCUGGGGCAGCGCUUCCUGAUCCUCGCCUUUGUGGUGUUCCUUUGCCUGUUUGUCGUGUCCAUCUCUCGGACGCUUCUGACGUUGUCCUCUGAGCUCACACGCAGCAUGUCGUCCACCGCCCUGAUGGAAACACCACACAAAGAAGCUGCGCCUCAGGAGGUGGUAGAGGCGCCAAAGGCGUCCUGUCUCAGAAUCUGGGAGCCAGGAUCAGAGAAUGCAGAACAGCAGGUCUUCGUGGAUCGCUACCUGGAGAGCAGAUGCGACACGAUCCACAUUUCGCGCGCCCUGCGUGUGGUGCAGGCGCUAGAGCCGCUUCCGGUCAUCACCAAAGAGCAGGUAGAAGCUGGCUGGAUGAACCUUUGCUGGGGUUGGAGCAAUGAGGAGGAGUUUGCCGGCUACAAGUUUGAUGUGAACAACUGCCACAUGGGCCUGCGGAUACAGAUCCUGGACAACCUGCUGUAUUUCACGCCUGCACCGUUGAACCACACCAACUUUAAGGACCUGGAAUACUUGUACGCUGGUUACGGGACGAUCCUGGACGACGGUCUGUGGUUCCAGGUCGGGAGGAUAGUGCAUGGAGACCCAGCGUACUACGACACUAGCUGGACGAGGCAUGCGUUGCACGCGCUGACCAGCCUGCAAGAAAUGCUUGCCGAUCACGACGUUCCCGACGCGGACUUUCUGCUGUCCUUCUCCGACCGCUGCGCCCCCGUGGCCUACCAGACGCUGGCCCAGAAUUUAGCGCCCAUGAUGUCGUGGAGCCUGCGCGACGACAACUACGGGGCGUCUUGCAACGCGCUGUUCCUCCCAACGUACGACUACACGUGGUCGCAGCAGGACUUCAAGGAGGGCAGCCCGUGGCGCGUCGACAGUUACCCCCCCGUCCCGUGGGAGCUGAAAGACGCGCGCGCGGUUUGGCGGGGGACUCUAACCGCAGUCGAGCCCCGUGCGCGCGUGCUGAGAAUGGGGCUGGCCCGACCGGACUUGAUAGAUUCCCGGCAUACCGGCCCGGUAGACGACUGUAAGAGGCUAUACAUUCCGGCGCUGGAGAAACACGGGGGCCCGAUAGGGGAAGAUGACUGCGAGAGGAUGACAACGGAAUCCGCUCUGAGCGCAGAGGGGCUUCUGCAUUAUAAGUAUCUGCUGGACGUCGAGGGACACGGGCCGUCGUUUCGACUGAAGAACCUGCUGCUGGCGAACUCGGUCGUGUUUAAGUUAUGGGAGGAAGGGUUGCAAUGGUUUUACCCGGAUCUCAAGGCGUAUAAGCAUUACAUCCCAAUAUCCGCAUUUAAUUUCGAGCUGGACCUUGAGAAAAAGAUAGAGUGGGCACGGCAUAACGAUGACGUCGUGAAGAGGAUCGGAGAGCGAGGGGCGGCUUUUGCGAAGCAGUAUAUAGACAAUCCAAACCUAGCACGCUACCAGGCCCUUACGAUAUCUCUCUACGCUAGCCGCCUGUCGUACAAGCCCACCAAACACCCUCUAGCAAAGCUGAUGUGCUGUAGAAACCUCACGAUGAACUCGUGGAACGGGGAGCUCGAACAUUGUCGGAAGCGGUGUCGGGAACGACCCUCGGUGACGUCACUCUGCAAUCAAUAGCUCAGGUGCUUGUCGACCUAGCGCGGCAGAUUGCUAAUAGGGUCUAUAAAGACCGUCCAUCUACCUCGAAGGUGUCGAUUGAGCUAGCUUAAGCAAGAGGGUAACUUAGAGCUUACUGUGGGUGCACCACCAUCGCGGUAUCACAUUGGGCGCGGGAUGUAUGGACGUGAAGAGAUUGAUCGAAGCAUUGUUGCGCAGUGUAUAUUGACAAUUGAUCGGACCAAAUUAAGUGAGGAAUAUUGCGUAAUGGUAGAAGCAUGCCAAUUGGAUCCGGAUUUGCAAGCAGGUCACUGGC